AUGUCCCAAUCCGGUAUCGACGAACCGCCGCGUGCCCUGCAUAGCGGCGCUGGUUGUUGCGCUACUCCUAACGGCGAAGGCGUGCCGUCUUCGUCGGUCUACAUCGUCACUCUGCGCUCCGCGCAGCCCGUGCUCUCCUACCAAGGGGGCAUCGCCGGAAUCGCCGCCACCGCGCCCCCCGCGCAGUCUGGCGCGGCCAAGACAGCGCUCAACGGCAUGCGCAACUUCUUCCGCCGUCACCACCUGCGCCCGCGCCCGCAGCUUCGGACGCGCGCGGCGAAGCAGCUUGAAGUCUAUCAGUAUCUACGCCACGGUUUCGCGGCGCGGCUUUCCCCCGCGCAGGUGCGGCGGCUGCAGCGCCACCCUGCCGUGGCGCGAGUGCGCGCGAGCGUGUGGCUCUACCCCGCCACCACGCACUCGCCCGCCUUCCUCAAACUCCCCUCCUCGCUCUGGAACGCGUCGGGGGGCGCGCAGGGGGAGGGCGCGGGGGAGGGCGUGGUGAUCGGCUUGAUCGACAGCGGCAUUUGGCCCGAGCACCCGUCGUUCAACAAUCCUUCUAAGACGUUCGGCGCCCCGCCGCCAAAGUGGGCUGGGAAGUGCGAGGACACGGGGGACUUCGAGGCGGCGAAGGCGUGCGGGGGAAAGAUCGUGGGCGCGCAGACGUUCUGGGACGCUGUGGCGGGGAGCGGCGGGGAGGUCGACCAGACGACGGACUUCAUGUCCCCGCGCGACUCCAAGGGGCACGGCUCCUGGUGCGCCGGAGCGGCGGCCGGCAACGGCGGCGUGCAGGUGACCGCGUCCAACGGGCAGAGCCUGGGCUUCGCGAGCGGCAUGGCGCCGCGCGCGCGCCUCGCCGUGUACAAGGUGCUGUGGCGGCUGACGGGCGGCGAGGAGGUGGCGGCGCUGGCGGACGUGCAGGCGGCGGUGGAGCAGGCGGUGUUGGACGGCGUGGAUGUGAUCUCCAUCUCGCUCGCGGGGAUCUACGAGAACAGCGAUUACUUCGACGACGUGGACUACCUGAACGCGAUCAAGGCGGGCGUGGUGAUCGUGGUGGCGGCGGGCAAUGCGGGCCGGCCGCCCAGCGCGUGGAGCUACCGCACGCUCAGCAACUUCUCGCCCUACUACCUCACCGUGGGCGCUAGCUCCAUAGGGCGGCGCUACACCACGGCGCUCACCCUCAGCAACGGCUUCACAGUGUUGGGGGCGGGCAUGGGCGGCAACAAGGACACGGCGGACGGCGCACCCAUCAUCCUGGGGCGCAAGGGGCUGCUGCAAAACCAUGACAACAUCGAGGGCGACUACUGCUACCCGAAGUCGUUGGACGCGAGCAAGGUAGCGGGCAAGAUGGUGAUCUGCAUCAACGGCAAGUCGUGGGUGCACGAGAAGGUCAAAGAAGUGGUGGGUGCAGGCGGAGUGGCCAUGGUGCUGGUGAACGACGAGCAGGGCGAGCCGUACGUGCGUGACAACUACGACUCGCCCAUCCCCGUGGUGCACCUCACUGCUGCUGAUGGCGCCAAGCUGCGCAGAGCCCUGAAGGGACUCAAGAACCCCACUGCAAAGCUCCCAGAAACCUUCACCAUCGCCACUCUUCCUGGAGCCCCUGUCAUCGCCUCCUUCUCCUCUUCGGGCCCCGUGCAAGUCCCCUCCAUAACCCCCGCGCACGCACUCCCCACCAACGACAUCCUCAAACCGGACAUCGUCGCACCCGGGUUGAGCCUCUGGGCCGCCAGCGUCGGGAGCAUUGACGACCCAGGGGUGGUGAGCUUCGGGCUAGCUUCGGGAACGUCGAUGGCGACGCCGCACGCGGCGGGCGUGGCGGCGCUGGUGGUGCAGCGCAACCCGACGUGGAGUCCGGCGCAGGUGAUGUCGGCCAUGAUGACCAGCGCCGCCACCACCAGCGACCUCGGCAAACCCAUUGUUCUUGAGAAUGGCGUGCAAGCAACGCCUUGGGAGAUGGGCGCCGGGCAGAUAAAUCCGCCCGGCCUGCUGGAUCCCGGCUUGACCUACGACAUGGGCGCUCAGGACCUCCUCAAUUUUCUGGCUGGGCAAAAUGGAACAGCUGCGUUGAAAUUGUUUAAGGAGUCCACGUUCAAUGCGAUCCCCGCAUACAAUCUCAACCGCCCGUCCAUCUCUGUGUCUCGGCUUCUGGUGAGCGUGAUGGUGUUCCGUACGGUCACGAAUGUUGCAGACGUGGAGUCGACAUACACUGCUCAGGUUGUCCCGCCGUCGGGUGUGAAGGUUACCGUGACACCGUUGUCAUUCACCAUUGCGAAGGAUCAAUCCGUCGGUUACAGUGUAACGCUGACUGUAACACGGUCAUCUGCUCGGUUCGUGUUUGGCAGCAUUACAUGGGUUGAUGAUUUGGGGCCCUCUGUGAGAUCCGUGAUUGCGGUUCAGCCACUCAAGGCUAUGAGGAGAAAGUAG